UGUUUGAAUUGAACACAAAACGGCAAAGAUACCUAACCUCUAUUGACUGUUUGAGUGGUUUGAGUUCAUCAAAGUUGACAAUAAAUAAUUUAAAUUGUUGAUAAAUUUCGUUUUAAAAAGUGUUAAAUAACAAAAUAAAAAAAUGUCCAAGUUUCCAGAGGACUAUAGGCCAAAUAAUUCAUGUAUGCCUUCAAAUGUGGAAAAGACUUUUCAAUCAAGAUUUUUUUAUCCCAACAUGUGUCACGUUUGUCAUUGUUUGGAAUCGGAAACAAUGAAAUUAAAAAGAUGCGGAAACUGUAAUAUGAUAUCGUAUUGCAGCAAAGAACAUCAAUUUGAACAUUGGUAUUUGCAUAAGGAGUUCUGUCGAGUUAUUUCAAUGUUAUUAAAAGUGAAUGGAACAAACAAUGUAUUUCAAUUCAUGAAAACAAACGAGGAUCCAAAUGAACGUUUUAAAGAAAAGGCAAUGCUCCUGACAAUGUUGAGGGAAAAAAUGAACAGAGAUCUUUAUGAUUUUGAGAAUCAAAUGUUGUUUUAUCCAAGAAUGUGUGAAGUUUGCUUUGAAACAAAUCCCAAUUUGCUUAUAAAUUGUCAGCAUUGUCCUCACGGGACUUUUUGCACAAAGCAUAAAAAUAAAUCGCAACACAACGAGAUAUGCUUCUUUUAUAGAAUUUGUUACACAUCAGACUAUUAUCUUUUUUGUGACGAGAGUUGUCGAAUAAUACCGUCAAUGAAAAAUGUUCCUUUUAAUCAAGAGGAAAAUUUUAAAAUGCCCAAAAAUAUGCUAAUGUUCUUGCAAGAAUACAUCACUGAAGUUCCACUUGCUUGGAAGGAUUUGACAAAAUACGACUUUUGGGUUUACGUUUGUUCGGAAUUUUUUUCCAAACCCUUAACAAUGUUGUAUGCUUUACAACAAUUGAACGUUAAAAUACAGUCGACGUUGACUGUUCAUAUUAUAGGUUUAGCAGCUUCAAUGAAAGAUGCAUUUCAAUCCAUGGAAACAAUUCUACAUUUACUAAAGCAACUGAAAACGCUGAAUAUUAUUCUAAUCAGUCCAAACUUGAUUGAGCGAAUUGAGGAAAUAAGUCAACAAGUGAACUUAUGCAGUCGAUGUGUCGAGAAUGAAAAGAAUUUCUCAAUGACAGGAUACAAAAUGGCCUAUUCGUCUUACGUUUGCAGUAGAUCUUUCAAAUCUCCCGAUAUCAUUAUUUCCUAUGACUUUGGAGAUCUUAAAUGUCAAUUGUUGGAUCAAACCCUCAUGGAAAUGAAGAAACUUCCCGCUCCACUUCUCGUGACAAAUAAUACAUUUUCAAGAGCGAUGAAUCAUCAAAAAAGAAUGGACGAUCUUGUCCAUUAUCUCACGAGCGAUGUGCACAUUCAAAAAAAUCCCUUUAAAUCUGCUUGGCCCUAUAGAAAUGAAGUGGACGAUUCUUUGAAUUUACACAACAACUAUUUAUCCGUUUAUACUUUACACAAUGUUGAAAGAGACAAUCAGCAGCAACGAAGCAAUCAGUCCAGUGAAAAUAUUCCCGAGUUAGCAACAAAUGAGAACAAUGGAAAAGUCGACGAAAAAAGUUCAAAUGAAUCUAACAAAGUGGAAGAUGCUCCGAGUGUGUUAAACCAGGCCGUCAAAACUUCCGACACGGAGAAAUCGAAGAAAAAAAAGAAAAAGAAGAAGACCAAUCAAAGUUCUGAUAUUUCAAAUCCGAUACUGUCGACAAGUAAUGAAGCACCCGAAUUGCCACACGAGACAUCAUCGAAAAUCGACGAAACUCCCCAAAACGAUGAACAAAUUGUUGCCUUAACUGUUCAAUUGUCUAGUGCCAGUAUUCAGGAAAAUCAAGACGCAAAAUCUGAUCCAAAUGUCGAGAAAAAGAAAAAGAAAUCUAAAAAGAAGAAACCAAAGUCCGAAGUUCAGAAUGAUUCAAGUACCUCCGUUCAAAAUACUUCAGAAAAUGUUCAAAGUACCAAAAAUCAAGAAAAUAAAUUAGAAACUAAAACUGAACAAACUAAAAUCGAAAAGAAAAUUGAUACAGCAGAUGAACACAAAAAAGGAAAAAAGGAAAAUAAAACCGAAAAAAUUGAGGAAGCGAAAGAAGAGACGAAAAGUGACGCAAAAAAUGGAAAAAUUGAACCAAUAAAGGAAAUUAAAUCCGAAGAAACCGAAAGAGAGAAACUUGAAGUAAAACCGAAAGGAAAAAUUGAAGAGAAUAGAGAAAUGAAACCCGAUGAAAUGAAAAAAGAAGAAGAAAAAACGCAAGAGGCGAAAGAAGAAGGAAAAAUCGAAACGAAUGAAGAAAAUAACACCUUAGAAGCAAACGAAGAGAACAAAAUUGAAGGAAGGGAAAUUAAACGAAAGAAAAAGAAGAAAUCCAAAAAACAAGCGCCUACAACCAAAGAUAAUGAACCCGAUGGAGCACUAAAUUUUCAAAUAAAAGUUGCUCAUUCCAAAUGCGUUUUGAAUUCAUCAGAAGAAUUAAAAAAUGUCAUCGAAGAAAGUCAAUCACAAUAUCUUUUUCAACAUCCACCAACUGAAGAAACACUCGAACAAUUAGUUGAAGAGAACCGAAGACUUUUUGUGAAUGUCGAACAAAUUGCGGAAGAAUAUAAAAUGCUGAAAAUCACUGGUAAACAAACGGCAACUUCCAUGUUGCAAGAAAUGGAAUGUCUUCGUAUGAGUUUGGAAAAUAUUGAGGAAAAAAUAAUGACCAUGUUUCCUGGUGAAUUUGAUUAAAAGAAAAAAAAACCAUUUCUCUUUUCUAAAUCGACGAAUUUUUGUUUACAAACGAAAAAGAUUUUUAUUUUGUUUCAACUUUUUUUUUAUCCAUUCUUAUAUUUUUUUCAAUUUAUCCUUAGAAUGAGAAAAAUUUGUAUUAUUUUGUAACGUUUCGUUGUGUUCAUGUAUUUAAUUAUAUGUUUUAAAGAAAAGGAAACAGUCACUUCGGAAAAGAGAAGAUUAAUGACAUAGAAGACUGAUAAAAUGCGACGAAAAGUAUUAUUUAGGGUAAAAGUUUAUAAGAGAAAAGAACAAAUAUAUUUUCUACGAAAUAAAACGUGUAUUUUAAUAGAAAUGUGAAUACAAGAAAUAUAUUUAGUACGUCAACUUUGUUAACAAAUUCAUGUAAUAAUUGUUUAUAACAAUACAAAGAAAUUUAAUAUGAGUAA